AUGUGGCACACAAGAACAAUCCUUGAAGCAAGCGGCCAGGAAGACGCCAAGGAUGAUGAUCACAAGAGGACAGCAGGAAAGAAGUGGCUCCAAAUCGCUCAAGAUCGCAAUGAGUGGCAUAUAUUGAAGGAGUCCUCUACAAACGAAGGGUCAAAACAGGCUAAAGAGAGAGAGACAGCAUUUUAUAAACCGUUAACUGUUCUACCCUCAGUUGGACCUUAA